AUGGGGAUCCACGAUGAUCUUCGCGUGGAGUGGAUCCGAAAGAUGGUAGUUUCUUUUGGUUUAACAGAAUCUUUCGACGAACUCCUGAGUCGGGACAAUGGCGCAGAAGAGACGAUACUCCGGUUUUUAAACGGCGUCUCCGACGUGGACUGUUUUUCAUGGCUUUAUUUCCUUAAACAUAUUAGAGAGGAGGAAAUAGAAGAGCAAGUUCCCGUCGUAUCUAGGACCUCAGAGCAGAAUAACGGCGUAUCUUCAGAUCCUGACCACGAGUCCUUCAGUGAAGUGGAGUCAGAGACAAAUGACAACUAUAAGACUGAAGUUAAAGUUGUCCAUCACGUGGAAUUAUACGUAUCAUUGGACGAGAUUCCAGAGAGAUUUCAUAAGAAUCCUAAAGAUCCUAUCUUCUAUUUUCAACGAAACCUUAAAGAGACUAUUGUUCACCCAGUGGACAUGAAAGAAGCCAAUACUCUAAUGACUAGGUUAAUAGACAUUGGUAUGCAGAGUGGAGAUCCGCUUGAGGCGUUUCGAAGGCAACUGCUCCAUAUUUAUGUACCCUGGUUUACUGCUGAAGCAAGACCAACAGCUGCCCCAAAGAAAGCUCCUACUGAUCUGCCACUUAAGGGUCGUCAUUCGGUGCUCACCAGUGUGCACAAAUACCUCGGAAAGCUCAGUCAAACAAUCCGACAGAUUCAUGCUCAAGGUGAAAUUGUACUCCAAAUUCCUGACCUGGACCUGGAGCUGGAGGUGAAUGUCCUGCUGAACAGUCCUGAGAUAGUAGAGAGGUUGGAGCAAUGUGUGAUGAACUGGCAGACUCAGAUUACCACCAUUAUGGAGGAACAGCAAAGCAAUCAGCCAGAGGUUCCUGGACCUAUUGCAGAGAUAGAACUUUGGCGGGACCGUGCUUCUGUUCUCAGUGCUCUGUGUCAACAGCUCAAACAGCCGAUGGUACAGAAGAUCCUGGAUGUCACGACUAAAGCAAAUCCAGCCAUUAUUCACACCCUCAAUGGAACCAUUGCUGAUCUAUCUAAAUACCACUCAGAGUCAGAUAAUAAUGUAUUUUUCCUUAAGACGCUGGAAAGACACUUUUUGAAUUUGGCUGCUGGGUCAGAUUUUACCAUGAUGAAGGAGACUAUCCCUGAGAUGAUGGAGAGCUUACAGAUCAUCUGGCAAAUCUCUCGCCACUACAACUCAAACGAACGUAUGGUCCCUCUAAUGGAGCGGAUUGCGUGGCAGCUUUGUGAGCAAGUGUCUAGAGGACUUCAUGUUCUGAAACUGUUUAAAGUGAAUAGGGAAGAGGCCUAUUCCAUGGUGCUUUGCGCUAAGAGUGUCCUGGAGCAGUGGAAGUCAUCCUACUAUGACGUGCGCGCUGCAAUUGAAAAAUCAGGCAGAGCACCUCGAUGGGAAUUUGAUCAUAAAAGACUGUUUGAGAUCAGCGAUUACAUGGCGUCUGUCUGCCAGGAUCUGUGUUAUGUGUUUCAGGUGCAGAAGGAAUUCCACAACUUCUUUGACCCAGACAUGAAAAGUAGGGAACAGAUCAAGGAAAUGUUGAUCAGACUCGAUGGUCUAGUUUCACUUUUUGAGGAGGUCGAGUUUGAUCCUUUCAACAUCUCAAAAAACGGCAACUGGAAAAAGGUCAUGCAAGACUUUGACUCUGCACUUGGGGUUAUCGAUGAAGAAACGAUUGAAUUUGUCGAUUUGGCUUUUAAAACUGUGCAUUCGUCUGCUGCUGCUUUUGAAAUGCUGCUGAAAUUCCAACAAAUCCCCUUCAGAAAGUCCAUCAAUGACCAUUUGAAACGAAAGUUUGAUGGAUUCCUAAUCCAGUAUUGCAAUGAGGUUGACAGAAUUAAUAAAAUCUUUGAUGCAGAGAAGAGCAAACCAUAUUUAGUAAAGUGUGAGACUCCUGUGGCAGGAUCCAUUACAUGGGCCAGAACUCUUUUCUGCCAAAUUAAACAACCCAUGCUUUCCUUCCUGAAAGCAGCACAGAUGCUUGGAAGUGAACAACAAAGCUACAUGGUCAAAAUCAAGUAUAAGGACACUGCACUGCGGAUUAGGGAAUAUGAGACAAAGAAAUAUGAGGACUGGCUGAAAGAAAUUGAAAACAGCUGGCCACUAUUGAAACAGCCUCUGCUGACUAUCAGAGAAAACCAAGACCUGAAAGUUCCAAGACCAGAACAAAGCAAGAAAAGGAACGUGCACUACAUAGUAAACUUUCCUCCACAAUUAAGGAAAAUGAUUUCUGAGAUAAAGCCCCUCAUGUUACUGGACUACUCUGUUCCGAAAAAGGCAGAAGACUUGGCUAUGUUGGAACACAGUCUCCUGAGGUCUGCUGAUGAUCUGAACAACCUUAUCGAAGACUUUCACUCAUUGGUGGACAGCCUGCGUGAGGAGCAUCUCGACAUGCUGCUGCCACAUAUAGAAGUGGUCAAAAAAGAGAUGGAAUUUGGAUUGAAGAAGCUCAACUGGUGUUGCUCAGGGAUACCUGAGUUCAUCAGUCGAGGUGUCCAGGCUGUUUCUAAAUUCAAGUCCAUCGUCAACCAGAUUCACAACAACGAGCGUGCAAUUGAUUCCAAGCUACAGUCGAUAACUCUGUCCAACUUGCUGAAACUGCCAGUAUCUGAUAAAUCUAGAGACUUGCCAGAUAUCAAGGACUUCUGUGACUGCAUUGAGGGAGAGCAAACCAAGACUCUGAAUAUUCUCACUAAGAAUUAUUCUGACAUCAGUUUCCUCAUCAAUGAGACAGAAUAUGUGAUUAUGAAAACCAGAAGUGGCAAAGCCAAAUGCAUGGCUAGUUACAAUAAAUACUGGGAGUGCAAAGUGUUUGAUUCCCUGAUAGAGAUGCUCCAGAGGAGCAUUCAGACGUUCACCAAGGUGCUGAUGGGAAACACAGCUGUUUUCAAAGCAAACGUCGUCCUAUCUACUGGUAUUGUGUUAGAGCCACGAAGUGACGUCAUCAACAGGAUGAUCACGGGGUGCAUUGACAUGUGUGUAGAGAGCACCAAGCGUUUUCCACGUUGGAUGCAUGGGACCUGCAUCAACUGCCCCAUACAACUUGUGAAUGAUGAAGAGGGGUCUAAGAAAUUCACAUUCUUCUGUGAUGUGUCUAAGCAUCCUCAGAUAAAGCUAAGUCAUUUAAUGGUGUCCCAAAAGAUUGAGGAGCUGCUCCUCUCAGUGAGUCGCAACUUUGAGUACUGGAAACGCUACCAGUUUCUUUGGGAAAAGGACAGAUGUCUUGUGACUGGAGAGUUUGCAGCCAAAAAUCCAUCCUAUGCCAAGUAUGAUGAUGAGAUGAACGUCUUUGCUAUGGCUAAGCAAGAUGUGAAUCUGGAGCCUCGCUGCAAGACGGAGAGCAUGAUCCAUCUGAACCUAUCGCCACUGCUUAACACACUACAGGUGAUCGCAGAGUCCUGGAUCGAUUCACUUGGUUAUUUGCUCAACAAAUCUGCCAAAAAGAAUCUCUUCAACUUUAGAGAUGAACUCACGCAACUCUCUAAAAAGCUGAAGCAAAGCCCAGACACUGUGAACGACCUGAAGUCUGUUCUCAGCACCAUCUCAGACAUCAGGUACAUGUCUGUAGACAUGGAAAUAAGAAUCACUGAUAUCCAGGAGAGCUACAGAACCCUGGCCAUCUAUAAAGCUGAGGUUGGAGAAGAUGAAAAAGAGCUGGUGGCCAUUAUUGACCAGACAUGGAGUGACCUUUACACAGAAUCUAGACAAGUGGAUCAUAGUCUGAAAGAUGUCAAGAAGUCAUUUGCUGUGAUUACCAAAGAGAAGGUUGAAGAGUUCAGACAGAACGUGUCCAUCUUUGCUGAAAGCUUCAACCUGCAUGGUCCUGGAGCUGUGGGAGAAGAUUUGGAUAAAGGACUGAGCAUCAUGGACAAAUAUGAAAAAGACCUUGCCAAGAUUGUGGCUGAAUGGGAAGAGCUGACUAAUGCUGAAAAGCUGUUGGACCUGCCUGUCACUGUGUGCCCAGAGGUCACCAGGAUUCAGAAAGACAUGAGCGGCUUAAGACAGGCUUAUAAUGUGUAUGAAGCACAGAAGUUGGGAGAAUGUUUGAAUUUUCCCAUCCUCAAUUGAUUCCACACUUUCUUGCUUGAGUUGGUUCUUUUUUACAGGAAGCAAAAGCAAGAUGGUCUGAAACACUGUGGGUAGAUUUGGACAUCCAGAUGUUACAGGACAACAUAGAAGGCUUCAUCAAAAGCCUGAGACAGCUGCCCAAAGAUGUGAGGGCUUUACCUGUUGCUUUUUUUCUGGACGCGAGUAUGAACGAGUUCAGAGAAUCACUGGCUCUUCUGCUAGACUUGAAGCACGAGGCACUCAGAGACAGGCACUGGGAGGAGCUGAUGGAAAGGACUGGCACCAGCUUUGAGAUAAACCCUGACAGCUUUACUCUGGAGAACAUGCUUGCUAUGGAACUGCAUAAAUAUGCAAACGUCAUCAGUGACAUUGUCACAUCUGCUAUAAAAGAGCUGAACAUCGAGACACAGUAAAAAAAUGACUGUGGAAUUUACAUAAAAACUUUGUAAAUGCACAACAGAAAUGUUAUGUAAACUGGAAAACAUGUAUUUUCUGUUGUAAUCACAUUAAAUGUUUGGAAAUGAUUAAACAAUAUGUUUAUGUUAUAUUUA